UCUAUAUUUAUGAAAUGGCGCCCAAGGAGCAUGUUAAUUACGAAGCAUGGAAGAUGAUAUUACGAAGACUAAUGCAAUGCAAUCAGCUAUAUGUUUCACAUUCUGGCACAUAUUAAGUCCAAUACUGUACAAAAACCCCAUGCUGUAAAAAUGCAGACCGGCCAGCAAUACCCACAAGAUAUAGAAAACAAAGAGAAAGAGGGAAGAACCACAACCCGAAAUAAACAAACAUCCCAAGUCCCAGCCAAUCGGAUCUCAUCAACUUAGUAAUAUAGUAAUAACACAAGAAUUUUGUAUAUAGAAAGGUAAGCGUGACAAAGGAAA